ACAGUCUCGACCUCUCUCUCCAUGGCCGACCUCCAAGAGCUUUUUGCUCGGUUGAGCAAUCAAAACUCUGCCGCCGGCAGUCAACAGGCUCAAGGCCAACCUCACGGUUACCAGCAGCCCUCCGUCUCCUCGCCCAUCUUUUCCCCAUCUCCAGGUGCCCCGCAACCUCACCACCAGUCUGCCGUCUUGUCACCCAACUCGUCGGCUGCGAACACGCCGGCACCCGAGGGCAGCGUACCGCAACAGACGCAGCAGCAACAAUCAGCCCACCUGCUUAACCUUCUGCGCUUCAAUUCCCAACCCAGCGUUGCACAGGCGACCAGACGGCCAUCGCAAAACACUCAGUCAGCAGAGGGUACUACUCCCCGCGCUGUCUCCGCGACUGACUUGGUUGCAUCCUUUAUGGGUGGCAAGUCGUCACAUGCGCCUACGUCUACCUCUGGCCCUGCACCACCAGCCGCUCGUCCUGAGCCUGCCUCAGUGUCAGCCCAGAAUCCUCAAGAUCUCUUGAUGAGGCUACUCAAUCACCCAAAGCCUGCCCAGGGUGAUCACAAUUCCCCUCGGGCUUCGGUAUCCACCUUCUCCCCGCCUUCGCAGAUGCCAGAAAUGGCUGUGGAGGACGUACUUCAGGAUCUUGCUGAGGUCAAGUUGGACGAUACCCCGUCUUCCUUCUCUCCAAUGCAUGUCUUCGGGUCGGAUGGGCCUAGUGCUUCACAAUUCGAGCCAGAUUCGGCCGCUCGAUCGAGCCCCAGUGGCCCACCCAAAUUCACUUACGUCAAUCCAUUCGACAAACUCGAAGCAGCCAGUCCACGCAUUCGCACACCUGCUCUCGAGAGCUCCAAGCACUCUUUGCCGCAGAUGCAGAUCUUGAAGCCCAAGCAUGGCUUGGAUCGACAUGCAGCCGUUGACGCAACUGAACAGCCUAUGCUUAAAUCUCGCAAGCUAUCGCCUGCGGUGUCAGCUCACUCUCACCCACACGAAACUGUGGCUGAGGCUGUUAGCGACUUGGGCGAACAAGUCGGCAAGCAGGUGGAAGAGGCUCUAGAGGAAGUCGAGAACCGGGUCGAGGCUAAGGGGACACCCGCUCAUACAGAGAUGGAGCAAGUCGUUGUUGAAACUGCUGUAGAGCUCAACAAGGAGCUUGCUGACAAAGAGGUCACGGAAGCUUUGGAAGAAUCCUUGCCCAAACCGUUAGUUGCUGCUCUGAAAGGAGUGGCCGCGGAAGUUGCGCAGGGUGAUGUUGUCGACAGUUGGGAGAGCGCUGAUGAUAGCCCAGCUAAAACUGGAGAUCAAUCAGUGAUCGUGUACAGGUUCCCAAUGCGUGCGUUCGCAUCGAUCACAGUUCAGGACUCCAGUACCUCCUCUCUUCAGCGCGCGUCGUUCAGCACAGAUUUGUUCAUGGAUGUCGCUCGUCUCAAGAAGGAAUUUGACCAGAUUGACCGCUCACUUGUGUCAGCCAGCAAAAAUUUCAUUGUUUAUGCGCAAGUUAAAAAGGGCGGCUUCCGAGUCAUUCGCCAGGAGAAUGGCCAGUUCCGACAAGUCUUCGAGGAUCAGAAGGAGCGUCUUUUCAACGUGGGGCUUUGCGUUGCUGGCGAAAACUCAAACCAGCGCUCUACCCAGAGUGUUCUUGGUAUCGGCAUCAACGGCUCUGUUUUUUGGACAUCUAUCGACACCGAUAGGGACGACAAAUUUGGCCCUGAUAUUGACAGCCAGGGCCUCAUUCUUCCUCCUUCUCCAGCCCAGGAUGAUAACACAUCUGGGGGCCAACUCAAGACACGCGCAAAGCCGUCUUCCCGUCACCCAGAGUUCUUUGCUGUGGGUCGUGGUAAGGCUAUUCACAUCAUUUGGCCUCACGUUGCGGCUGAGUACGUUCGUUCAAAGUCUCGUGUCGUGCAGACUGAGAAGUUCUUGAAAGAGCGUUCAUUGAAGAUUCUAACUGGCAAAGCCGGCAAAGACUUCACCUUUAGUGAAGACGACACUGUUGUCGUUUCCUUGGACAAGGCUGGCCGCAUGCGCUUCUGGGACAUUCGGCCUUUGAUUGAUCCUAAAGUGGCUGACCUGGGUAGCGAGCCACAACAAGUCGAGGUCUCCCAAACUAUGCUGGAAUUUCACACCACAUCCGCCAAUGCGAAAUCAUGGCCCACUUCUGUUUUCUUCUUCGACAAAGACAAGCCGUUCAACAAGGGCAUCGCGCUACGAUAUGUAAUUGUUGGAAUGAAACAAAACCAUUCUUUCCAACUGUGGGAUCUCGGACUGGGGAAAGCCGUCCAGGAGAUUAAUCUACCUCACGAGAAGGAAUCGGAUGCCAUUUGCAGUGUCGCAUUCCAUCCAAAGACAGGAGUUAUGGCAGUUGCGCACCCUACCCGCAACUCCAUCUUCUUCAUCCACGUCUCCUGCCCUCGAUAUAAUCUACCAGUUAUGAAUCAGGCUACGUACAUUUCGCGCUUGGCCGAUAAGCACGAGCGAUCUCAGCUGCCUUCUGUCAAUGCUACUGCCAUCAUGACUAGCAUCACCGAGUAUUCGUUCGCUCCGAAAGGACAGAUUAGGAGUCUCCAUAUGCUCAAUGAGCCUGCUGGACCGCCUGAUGUUGAUGAACCAGAGAAUACUUCUCUUUUCGAACUGUAUGUCAUGCAUUCAAAGGGCGUAUGUGCUCUCCGAAUCCGACGAAGUGACUUGGGCUGGAAGAAAGAGGGAGAACCCAUCAAUCCCAUGGAUGCUGAGAAAGAAGGGAUCAUUUCGAUCACGCAGUUGAAACCCCCUCAACCUGUUGAUGAUGCUUCUGUGUCAACCAGCGGCGAUACGCAGGCCCACAAAUCUGUCUCUGAGAAAUCUGUCCGCGAGACCGUAAAGAGAGAAAACAGCAACAUGUCUCGAGCAUCCAUGACGCCCGAAGCUGCUGCGCGUGCCAAUUCUUUGGCUAAAGUAGAAAGCAAGCAAGACGCUGCUCGUGCUGCCAUCAUCAAUGGAGGAGAGAAGUCUGAAAAGAAGAAGAAGAAGCGCUCUAAUGCUGCCGAGACAGCUUCACAGGCUUCGACAUCCGCCUCUACUCGAGCCCCGCCACCGUCGUAUGCGCAGGCUGCGCAGUCCGUCUCACGCUCUAAAUCUCCCGCCCAGGCUGAAUCUAGUGUUGAAUCGGCUGAAGCGAGGUCUGCGCCAACGUCUAGCAAUGAGAUGCCCGAGUGGGCUAAGGGCUUUGCUGACCGGGUGCCCGAUGUCAAGAAGAUUGAGGAAAUCAUCCAGGCAGAGCUUACCAAGAGCCUGUCCCGUGAGCUCGAUGGUCUCCAUAAACGCAUCGACGAAGACAAGCGUGUCAUGAAUGCUCAGUUCACCUCGAAACAAGAUGCUAUUUUGCGACUGGUGUCAAGCACGUUGACAGAGAAUGUUGAGGGUGUCAUCAAGAAAAUGGUCAACGAAAAUAUGCGCGAUGUUCUGCUCCCUGCGCUCUUGAGCCAGACCGCAACAACCCUGGAGAAGAACAUAGGGGGUUCUUUGAAGUCAGCACUCGGACCUCAGCUUUCUAAAGAGAUCCCAGAGCAGGUUACACGGGCGCUGAAGGCCCCGCACGUUCUCCAGUCCUUGUCCGACCAGGUAUCUAAGAAGGUGACAAACAACAUUGAGCCAUUGAUUACCGCAGCAGUCGGCUCUGCUAUCAACCCCGCGAUUUCCACUGUCACUAGCCUCGUGGAGAACAAAAUUGGAGAACAGCUUCGGGAAUCUCAGAUUCAACAGCGCAACGACAUUCUCAAGAUUACCCAGCUUACGGACACCGUUCAGACCUGCCUUCAAACCAUCCAAGGCAUGGUUUCCACCCAGGCAGAGCUCCAGAGCCAGAUCGCCAAAUUACAGCAGCAUGUCUCACAAUCGGCUCAACAACCUGGCGGUCCCGCUCGUGCUUCCCCAAGUGCGACUCGUCCCCCCGCUAAGCAAAAGACUCCCGAGGAACUCGAGGAAGAGGAGAUUACUCGCUGCAUGUCACAAGGUAAACUCGAGCAGGGCACCAUGUUGUGGUUGCAGUCCGCACGCUCAGAUUCUCUUUUCGACACAGUAUUCGUCCACUGCAACCCGCAGUACCUAGAUCAUGUAUCACCUUUGCUAGCACUGUCUACGGGUGCAGUAGUGACAAACGUCCUUGAUCGCAACUUGGUCGAACGCCUGGUCUGGCUGUCUGCCGUGCUGAAGAAUGUGAACCCUCAUGACCCGGAAAUCCAGGAUGUCGUCCCUAAGAUCAUGGACGUCAUUCGCGACCGCCUCACACAAGCCUACAUGUCGCUUAAUGAAAGCUCUCCGGGCGAUCAAUCUCUACGUCGCAUCUCUACCCUGGUUACUAGGGUCAAUGAGCUCUGCCGUGCAAACACUCCUUAUGGGGGUCGCGCCUAG